GCCGCCACCGUUUCCGGAAGCGGCUGAUUUCGCAGGGAGACGCCGCUGGGUGCCGAGCGUUUCCGGAAAUAGCCGAUCGGAGCGGGAGCCGGAGAGCCGAAGCCGCCCAGCUCAAAAGACUCGAAGGAAGCGGCGCCGUCACCGAGACACUGAGCUGAGCUGUUCGCUCUGCGCCGCGAACAUGGCCAGGGAUUACGACCACCUCUUCAAGCUUCUCAUCAUCGGAGACAGCGGUGUAGGGAAAAGUAGUCUUCUACUACGGUUUGCAGAUAACACAUUUUCAGGCAGCUACAUAACUACAAUAGGGGUGGAUUUUAAGAUAAGAACAGUGGAAAUCAAUGGCGAGAAAGUUAAGUUGCAGAUCUGGGACACAGCUGGGCAAGAACGAUUUCGAACCAUCACCUCCACGUAUUACAGAGGCACUCACGGGGUUAUAGUGGUAUAUGACGUCACCAGCGCCGAAUCAUUUGUUAACGUCAAGCGGUGGUUACAUGAAAUAAAUCAGAAUUGUGACGAUGUGUGUCGGAUACUGGUUGGUAACAAGAAUGAUGAUCCUGCACGUAAGGUGGUAGAGACCAAUGAUGCACAGAAGUUUGCAGAACAGAUGGGCAUUCAACUCUUUGAAACUAGUGCAAAAGAGAACCUCAAUGUCGAAGAGAUGUUCAACUGUAUCACAGAGCUCGUGCUGCGUGCCAAGAAAGAAAACUUAGCCAAACAGCAGCAACAGCAGCAGAACGAUGUCAUCAAACUGUCGAAAACCAGUAAAAAGAAGAGGAAGUGUUGCUAACGAGGAACAAAAUAAAUGAACUUCUUUGCAAUGAACAGUCCCUUUCACAUGGACUUGUAUAUCACAAAUUCAGAAACGAACAUUAUUUUUCAUCCCCCACCCCAUCUCUCCCCCACAGCUCUCCCCACACCCACACCUUCACCCCGAGCCUUGGGAGGGUAAUGUUUGAAAGCAGACGUGGGAUCUUGUUGGCUCGGUGCUGUUGCUCCUCAAUUUCAGAUU